AUGGCUCAAACAAUGUUGCUCAUGUCUAGCAGUGUGUCUUCAAGACAUGCGGUGGAUUUGAAGUCCUCAGACCCUUUACUUCAAUUACAAGUGCAAAGACUUAGGCCCAAGUCUUUCUCUGAACUUGUGUUCAGACCACUUCCUUCAUCCUCUUCUUUUGCCUCCUCAUCAUCUCCUGCCAUUCCUACCGUGGUCGCGCUCUUCAAGUCAAAAACCAAAGCCCCUGUCAAGAAGGCAUCACCGCCGAAGCCGAAGGUUGAAGAUGGUAUCUUUGGAACCUCUGGAGGCAUUGGUUUCACAAAGCAGAAUGAGCUCUUUGUGGGUCGGGUUGCCAUGAUUGGCUUUGCUGCAUCAUUGUUGGGAGAAGCAGUUACAGGGAAAGGAAUUCUUGCACAACUGAAUCUGGAAACUGGAGUUCCGAUCUAUGAAGCCGAACCUCUCCUUCUCUUCUUCAUCCUUUUUACCCUGCUUGGAGCCAUUGGAGCCCUAGGUGACCGUGGUAGCUUCGUUGAUGACCCGCCCACUGGAAUUGAAGGGGCAGUCAUCCGUCCAGGCAAAGGAUUUAGAUCAGCCUUAGGUCUCAAGGAAGGAGGUCCUCUAUUUGGAUUCACAAAGGCAAAUGAGCUAUUUGUAGGAAGAUUGGCACAAUUGGGAUUUGCAUUCUCUCUAAUAGGAGAAAUCAUCACAGGGAAGGGAGCUCUAGCACAGUUAAACAUUGAGACUGGGGUCCCCAUUAAUGAAAUUGAACCCCUUGUGUUGCUCAAUGUUGUCUUCUUCUUCAUUGCUGCUUUGAAUCCUGGGACUGGUAAAUUUGUCACAGAUGAGGGUGAGGAAGAAUAG